UGACAUUUUAUGUCAACAAAUCAUUUGACUUUGAAGUUCUGUUUAGAUUUUAAUUUACAUGAUUGUGUAUAUGAUUUGAUUGUAAAUAUUUUGUUGACGUGUGCAACAAUUUUCUAUUGUGGUUGUUCCAAAAUAGGAAAAAAAUGGACAAACCAAAUUCUUUUCGUGCAGUUUCAGAAAUGUUGAGUAAAGCAAGGACCGCAGGCGACGGCAUGGAAUCGGUCGAUAGUGUCGUUGAAAAUAAGUCGAAACCAGAAUAUAAGCGUAACGUGUCAACUAACAGUACCGAUUCACUUUUACCUGCACGUCUAAUUCAGCUGUAUCCAUCUAAAAUAGUGACAUCAGAGAAGAAAACGUCACAUGUUUACUCUAAAAGUCCUAAAUUCGUACCAUACGAACCUUAUCCUGGUGCAGUCAAGCCAAUUACUUCACAAGCAAAGUCUAAGAAUACAAAGAAAUCAAAAAAUAACAUGGAUAUCAACACAUUGAUAUCUCAGAUGUCACAAAUGGAUACAAAUUUAAAUGAAUACAAACCAAGACCAAAGUUAGCGUCUGUUAGUGAUAAAUCUGUAACAGAUAUUGAAAAAGAUGAUACUCAUAAUGAUUUGAAGAAAAAGCUUGAAGAAGCACAAAAAGAAACUGAAACAUUAAAAGAACAACUAAAACAACAAGUUCAGGUGAAUAAGGAACUGAAAACAAUGUUAGUUGCAUCAAUGGGAGAAGACCUUGAAAUUCAAGUCCAGUCACUAAAUGAAGAUAAAAAACAUCUAGCAAAUGCUUUGAUUAAUACUGCACAACACCUUUCAACACAUCAGGAACAAACAGAGUGGCUUGCCGGACAGUGUGAGGUAUGGAGGAGUAAAUUUCUUGCUAGCAGUUUAAUGGUAGAAGAGCUGGCUAAUUGCAAGAAGUUACUUAACGAAAAAACAGUGAAUUUGCAACAAGCAAUUAAGAAUUUGUUAGACGAGAGAUGCCGCACAAGGGAUAUGAUGCUAAGUACAUAUAGAAAUUUAUACAGUCUUCAUGAGAAAUGGCUAGAAAAUAUAGCAAUAUCAGACUAUAUCAGUAAUACAAAGAUAUAUAGUAGACCAAUAGGGAAUUUAAACUUCACAGCAACAUUGCCACAUUCAACAAACAUUUUAGAUAUGGCAUCAGUUAAUUUGAAGCUAUCAGAAAACAUUAGUAGUUCAGUUGAGAAGCAAGAUAUUAGCCAUUUUAAUAUUUUACCAUCGGCUACUGAAGCGGAAUUAUAUGCUGAGAAUGUAAUGGCAAUGCCACUAGAAAUAAAGAGAGCGAAUGAAGAUCCAGUGAAUGCAUUAGUUAAUCAUGCAUACAACAACAGUAAUGUGUCUCCGCCUGUCGCCUCCUGUGUCCACUGCAAUGGAAGAGUACAAUUAUUAUAAUUUUACAUGGAAAAAUAGUGAUGGAAUAUUAGUUUGCUCAUUGUGUUUAGUUUGUAAAUAAUCAGGAUAUUGAAUAAACAGGGGAAUUUAUUAUAAACACAUAAUUUCUACUCAUAAAUGGGGUAAGUUGUAAUGAUUUACUUAGUAUUAGUUUUUUGAUGAGUAAUUUUGUCGUACCAUCUUUCUGUGUAAAAGUUUUCUAAUUUUGUUUGCAUAAUAUUUAAAAAAACAAGUAUACCAGUUUUAAAGUAGUUUUUAAUUUAAUUUUUUGUAAAAUAAUAACAGGCGAUUAGUUAAUUAUGUUUUGAGAGUUGUAAAACUCAUUUAUCUUUAGUUCUUGUUAUGAAGUCAAAGGUAAAUUUAGAGUAUAACAGAAUUAUUUUUAGUAGGCAAUUUGUUGCAAGAUUAUGAAUGAUGCAAUAUAUUCUCAAGAUUUGUGAUGUUUUAUUACUUGAAUUGUGUAAUAAUGACAUUACAAGAGAAUAACAUAUUAGUAACAAAUCACAUAGAUUUCUGUUAUGUGUUUUUAAUGGUUUUUAUCUUCAAUUUCUGUAUAAGUCGUGCAAAAAUAAUGUCAUUGGACCUAAAAAAAAUAUCUUAAUUCAUAUCAUUCUUUAGGUCAUGUAUAUUAGACCUAUAGAUAUAAUUUUAUCCUUAUUUAAGAUGUUUUCUUAAAGUGUAACAAACAUGAUAAUUCUUUGAACUUUGUUUUUAAAAUAUUGUAAAUUGUGUGGUUGAUGUUAUAUGCAAGUAGAAAGAUUACUUUAAUAGCAACUCACAUCCCAAUAUAAACAAUAUUAUUAAUAUUAAAACUAUUUUAAAAGUGGGCCUUAACACUACUUAGAGAUGUAACAGGGGAUACUGUAUCUUUUUUUUUUCAAAUUAUUGAUAAUAGUAUAGAUUGUUUCACAUGCUUUCGUAGAUUUUGUAAACUUUUGAUACCAAAUUAUUCAAAAUGCAACCUUUGUAUCUGAUUUUUCUUAAAGUGUAUUUGUUAGGGGUUUGGUGUCUUUUUUGAUUUGUUUUCAUCUUAUAUUUCUUUUAAAUAUCUCAGUUGCCAGUGAAAUGUCAUUCUCCAAUACUACUGUAAUUUGAUAUUUUUUUCCAAAGUAUUUUUAUAUAAUUUAGUAAAUGUAUAACAAGACUUCUUUUUUUUAUGUAUGUUGUGUUCACGGUUGUGACUGUUCAAAAUAUAUUUUGAUUUCAUUAGUUUUAAACAAAAUUUUGUUGUGAGUAAUCUUUUUCGAUCACAUUCGAGUUUGUUAUUUAUUGUUUUUUUUUUAACACAAAUAAAUAUACACUUUGAACACUAAUCUUUCGAAACAUGUUUGACGGGAGAAUUAGUGUUUAUGAAGAAAUUGUCAAUAGCUUUUGGUACUUGGUCGUACUUACAGAAACGUAUUUAGUGCAUAAUCUAACACAAGUACUAAUUUUAUUGUUAAACAAAUAAUACAAUAAUUUAUCAAUAUAGAAAAUCUUUAUUAUAAAAACACUGUAACAAUUACUUUGUAAAUAUGUAUUUAUUAUUUUUAAAAUAAAAAAAAUCUUAUCACAAUGUACGUUUUACAUUUUGAGACAAAGGUCAUACCUUCAGCCACGUUUAGAGAAGAUUGUUUGACUAUUAACUCGUCUUUACUUAUUUGAAUGGUAAUACAUUAUUUUUUUAUUGAAAUUACGCUGGUUAAGUUAAUACAUGAUUCUUUCUGUGAACUAUCUUCUAAUAAUUAGGCAUGGGGUUUAACAGCCGAUGAUCUAGUCUAGAUCAAGGUGGAGGGAGUGUACUAUUAAAAUGGUCUCAUUUAAAGUAGUUUUUAUAUCUAUUUUAGAUUUUUCCACUCUAGAGAUCCAGUUCACCCAACAAAAACUAAGUGGACCCUACAAAAGUACAAAUGGUAUCACAGUACAUUACAAAUGAUACAAUACAUGCUCAACGAUAUAGUAAUAUUAGUAUAGACGAAGAAUUAAAUACACUACCCACUUAGAAUCAAAUAUCGAAAGCAAUCUGUCGACAUAAUAGCUAGGAUUUAGCUCGUUUACAUGCUGUGACUAGUUCUCGAUUUAAUUUAAUUUCGAACGAUAAAUGUUAUUUCACUAAAAUGGGUAGGUAAUAAAAUUCCUCGACUGUA